UUGGUUAAUGAAAAUUUUCAGCCGGAAAAUCUACUACUUGCUAGUAAAGCAAAAGGAGCUGCUGUCAAAUUAGCUGAUUUUGGACUUGCCAUAGAAGUCGGUCAGGACACUGAGGCAUGGUUCGGCUUUGCUGGAACACCUGGCUAUUUAUCUCCAGAAGUACUGAAAAAAGAUCCUUACGGAAAACCGGUUGAUAUCUGGGCAUGUGGUGUUAUCCUGUACAUAUUAUUGGUUGGCUAUCCACCAUUUUGGGAUGAGGAUCAACAUCGUCUUUACGCCCAGAUUAAAGCAGGCGCCUAUGACUAUCCUAGCCCCGAAUGGGAUACGGUAACACCGGAAGCAAAGAGCCUUAUCGACAGUAUGCUAACGGUGAAUCCGAAAAAACGAAUUACAGCCGAUCAAGCUCUUAAAGUGCCAUGGAUUUGUAAUCGUGAGCGCGUCGCUUCCGUAAUGCAUCGACAAGAUACGGUAGACUGUUUGAAGAAGUUCAACGCAAGAAGGAAGCUUAAGGUGAGUGUAAGAUCUUCUGCUUUUGUGUUUUUUUUGACAUAUUGCGUUUAA